GUAACAGAUGUAUAACUGGCCAGCAGCUGAGUCUAGAGGGAAACACGGUCAACGACUCUCACGCAGAAAUCAUCACUCGUCGGGGCUUCAUUAGGUUCCUGUACAAAAAGUUGUUGACUUUUGAACCCAAUGGCCCCAAUGGUUUCUUUGUGAAGUCACCGUCGGGAAAGUUAAAGAUAAGGGAUGGAAUAACGUUCCACCUGUAUAUAUCUACGGCUCCAUGUGGGGAUGGCGCUCUCUUCUCUCCCAGAGAUUCUGCCUCUAACAAUACCCCCCUUGCGUCUUUGACAGACCGAACCCACCACCCAACUUUUACCAGCCAGGUACAGGGACUACUGCGCACAAAAAUGGAGGGAGGGGAGGGAACCAUUCCAGUGGAACCGGACUUCACCGUUCAAACAUUUGAUGGUAUCCAGAGAGGGGAGCGACUCCGAACCAUGUCAUGUACAGACAAAAUCUGUCGGUGGAAUGUAGUUGGUAUGCAGGGAGCUCUACUCAGCCACUUUUUAGAACCGGUCUAUCUAGAUUCCCUAACACUGGGAUUUCUGUUUGACCCUGGUCACCUGGCACGUGCUGUGUGUUGCCGUGUGAACCGAGGUGACACAGAUAUCAACACAAUGUUACCUGAGGGCUUCCAGCUGAACCAUCCCUGGUUAGGUCGGGUCACCGCCGUGGAGCCAUCACGUGAGACGCAGAAAACCAAGGCCCUCAGCAUCAACUGGUGCUACGGGGAUGACAAGCCAGAGGUCACAGAUGGAACACAGGGGUUGUGUUACACUAGGUAAGGGGUCAGGGGUCAC